GCUGCGGCCCGGGCUGUGCGGGCGCGGAGCGCCAUGCGGCAGGGCGCGCUGCUGGCGGUUGCGCUGGUAGCUUACGCCGCGUAUUUGGCGCUGGGCGCGCUGCUCUUGGCGCAGUUGGAGCGGCCGCAUGAGGCCCGGUUGCGGGCUGAGCUGGGGUCGCUGCGGGAGCAGCUGCUGCAGCGCAGCCCGUGCGUGAAGCCCCAGGCGCUGGACGCCUUCGUAGAGCGGAUGCUGGAAGCCGGGCGGCUGGGGCGCUCCGUACUCGCCAACGCCUCGGGGGCCGCCAACGCCUCGGACCCGGCCUGGGACUUCGCCUCGGCGCUCUUCUUCGCCAGCACUCUGGUCACCACAGUGGGUUAUGGCUACACCACGCCACUGACUGAUGCGGGCAAGGCCUUCUCCAUCGCCUUUGCGCUCCUGGGCGUGCCAACCACCAUGCUGCUGCUGACCGCCUCGGCCCAGCGACUGGCGCUGCUGCUGACGCAUGCCCCCCUGUCUUGGCUGAGUUUGCGUUGGGGCUGGGACCCCCGGCGGGCAGCCCGAUGGCACCUGGUGGUCCUGCUGGUGGUCAUAACGACCAUCUGCUUCCUGGUGCCGGCUGCGGUCUUCGCAUACCUGGAGGAGGCCUGGAGCUUCCUGGAUGCUUUCUACUUCUGCUUCAUCUCUCUAUCCACCAUCGGCCUGGGAGACUAUGUGCCUGGGGAGGCCCCGGGCCAGCCCUACCGGGCGCUCUACAAGCUGCUGGUCACAGUGUACCUUUUCCUGGGCCUGGUCGCCAUGGUGCUCGUGCUACAGACCUUCCACCACGUGUCCAACCUCCACGGCCUCACAGAGCUCAUCCUGCUGCGCAGCCCAUGCCCUGCCAGCCUCCGCGAGGAGGAGGAGGACCAGGUGGACAUUCUGGACCCCCAGCCAGACCUGCACCAGCAGCUGUCUGUCAGCUCCCACACUGACUAUGCCUCCAUCCCCAGGUAGCCCGGCAAGUGCUGCAAUGCAGCAGGACCCAGGAAUAGAGCUGACCAGACACAAAUGUCCACACCUCUAUGGGAGAGGCACUGUCACCAACUGUUCUGUCUCAUCCCAUUUUACAGUACCAGGCUGGGUGGCAGGGGUGGCUUCUCUCUGGCUCCUCUGGGCACCAGCAUGACCUUGUCCACUUCCCUGUGUCUCUCUCUCUCACCUCUGGCCUCCCUGGAGCCCCAUUGUUUGCACCAGUUCUAUCUUCACCUCUCGGCCUCUCUGUCUCAUUCCCUCACAUACCAUGUUUCUCCCUCAUUUGGCCACUCAUCAACUUCCGACUCUACCAGGCUCUGGGCCUGGAACUCAUUCUGGCCCUUGGUUUCGCCACCCUGUCUUGGACAAGGGGCUGCCCUUCUCUGAGCCCUGAUUUCCUCAGCUGUCAGAUGGAAAGAAACUGGUCAUUCAUCCAGAGAUCCUUCCUUUGUACUGGCCCUGUGCUAAACAAUGUUGGGGACACAGUAGCGGUGCAGGUAGCCCUGGGCUGUCUUCUUGUGGGGCUUACAGACCAGUCAGUAGUCAGACCUGUCCUCAGACAGUGAUAGCCCCAAGUAAGCGAGGCUUCAGUGGAGGUGCCAGCGGGAUCAAGGAUGCCAUGGAGAAAGCACGGGCACAGUGACGGGGUUAGGGGGAAGCACAUCCCCUGGGAGGGCUUCCCAGAGGAAGGGAGAGUUCCACCAAGACCUAGCUGGGUGGCAUAUGCCUGUAAUCCCAGCAUACUGGGAGGCUGUGGCAGAACUGCAAAGUCAAGGCCAGCCCGGGCAACUUAGUGACUUAGUGAGACCCUGUCUCACAAUUUAAAAUAAAAGCCUGGGAUGUAGCCUCGUGUGAAGCCCGGGGAUUCUAGUCUGGUACUAUAAACAAAUUUAACUAAGGCCUGAAAUGUGAGAUGUGGUCAGCGGAAGCAGUUAUGCCUGAUUUAUUUUUCCUCAGGUGUCUCCAGGGAGUAGCACCCACUUGGAGAGCCCUGGGGUGGGCCUGGGUGGCAGCAUCCUGCUCUGCAGCCUGGCAGGCAGGAAGGGGACGCAGGACCCCAGCCCAGAUCCCGCUGGCUUGGGAAGGCACUGCCUGCUCCUUGUAUGGCUCCAAUGCAAUGACUCUGCCUGUGUCCUGAACUGCGUGUCCUCCCCGGAGCUCAGCCAUGUCCUGCCUGUGUCCCCAGACAGCCACGCUACCUCUCAGGCUCUUUCUAUAAAAGAGUGACCAGAGGGUGGUGAUCACCUUCAAAGCCCGAUUUUGCAGAGCUGGCCUGCCAUGUAAUUAGGUGGCACUGUCUUUGGCCAGGCAUGCUCUGCUACUUUCUAUCUGAGGAAAAUAGUAUUAUUAUGCUCUUUCUCCAGCAAUGACACUGAGGUUUGGGAAGGGCAACCUCUUGGCUUAGUCUCGGAGUGAGGAUGUGAUUGAUUUCAGGUGUAGGCCCCAGCCCUGCCACCUCUUACGAUGGCUCAUCUCCGUGCCGAGGGCCCCUUACUGUGCUCUCUGGCUCUGCAGUGCUGUGAAGGUGACAGAAAGGAGCCAGGAGUUGGAUGUGGUGAUACCCACUUGUAACCCCAGCAUUCUGAGAGCUGAGGCAGGA